AUGCUCCAGCGCGCAGCCCUCAGACGCCCACUCGGCACCCGCCGCCCCGCCCCCCGCCCCCUCCGUCUCCGUGCCCCACCCGCCUCCAGGCCCUUCUCGUGGACGCCAUGGAGAAGCCCAGCAGUCCCCGCGCCCAUACUCGACUCUAGCAUUCCCGGGGCGCAGCCUCUGCCCCCAUCGGCCAUCCAAAGCGAGCUCUCGCAGGCGGCACCCAUACCACCGGCCGAUAUCUCAGCCCUCGCACCGGCAGACACCGUGUCCCAAGUGCCCCAAACCCUCGAGAACCUCAUUCUGCAUUCUGGCAAGAGUCUGCCUGAUGUCCUCAAUUCGGAAGAAGCCGUGCAUGCCUCUAUGAAGGUCUCUGACCUCAGUCUCAUGGGCUAUGAACACGGCAUUCUAUCGCCCAUGGGCUGGUUUACAGAUGGUUUGGUCGCCUUACACACAUCUGUUGGACUCCCAUGGUGGGGUGCUAUUGCUGUCACUACCGUCGCCAUCCGACUCGCACUCUCUCCCCUCAUCAUCUCGAACCAAAAACACAGCACACGGCUUGCGGCUGUCAACCCUCAACUGCAAGAGCUCAUGGCGGAAAUCCAGUCAGCUAGCAAGAGCGGCGACACCCACAUGCAGGCUCUUGUCAGCCAGCGUAUGCAAGAACUCAUGCGCACACACAAAGUGAACCCCUUCAAACCUCUACUCCUGCCCCUGUUCCAGGUCCCUAUCUUCUUGACCUUCUUCAGCAUCGUCCGGGGGUUGACAGCUCUUCCGAUUCCUCAAUUCAAGGAAGGAGGUUUUGGGUGGAUUAUGGAUCUGACAGCGUCAGAUCCCUACUACAUUCUGCCUCUCACUUCGUUGGCCUUUACCAACUUGGUCUUUGUUCUCGGUGCCGAUGGCGUAUCUACGGCUGCCAAGAGCGGUGCUACUCCUGAGCGUACAGCGCAUAUCCGCAACUUUGUGCAAAUGUCCACUGUGAUCUCUUUCCCUUUCAUCAUGCACUUCCCUGCUGCUCUUCUUUGCUACUGGACAUUCUCCACUGGCUUCACUCUUCUCCAAUCCCUUGCCCUUCGACAAAAUAUUAUCCGAAAAAUGCUAGGCCUCCCUAUAACUCCUGCCCAGGUUGCCGAGCCAGGAGCCGCCUCAAUCAAGGACCCUUCUUAUCUCGACACUCUCAAGGCUAUCAAAAACUUUGCAACAGAGAAGAUGGAUGCUGCUCGAGAGCAAGCACUUGAACAGGAAGAGGAGAAGAGGUUGGCCCAGAGAAGGGCUGUCAACAAGAGGCCUCAGACAGACUUUGUGGAGAAGAUUCAGGAGACCACUGCUGAGAAAGAGAUGCCUGUGUCCCGCAAAAAGGUUGACAGCAGGGAGGCUGAGAAGCAGAGGAGGAUAGAAGAGGCAAGGAAGAGAAGAUCUAGGGCUUGA